GUAUCUAGUUGAGCUGAAGAGAUUCUUAUUCCGUGCAAUUAAUAUUCUGAGAAAUAUUAAAAGCAAAUUCUCUAUUGUAUACCUGAUGCGUUACAAAACUCAUCGGAAAAAAAUUGUGUCCACAGCUUUUUGCUUCCCAUUCGGCACUGCCAGCAACGUACCUUUGUGUACGAUAGAGUAAGGUUAGUUUAAACUUGUCAAUUUGAAGAUACCGUCGGCUGUUUUGGGAGAUUCCGGCCAGUUCUGAGCCAGGGAAUUAGAAAAAGGGAAGUAACAAGAAGAAAGUGUGAUAUCGUGGCCCAAAGGGAGCAGACAUUUAGGAAAGAAGAAGAAAAAAGAAAGCACCAUUGUGUAGGGUUAUGUCUCGUGUGAAUCUUUAAAUUGUGCCGGUCUAUAUCCAUCACGGGCAUUAUGUGCGGAGGAUGCGAUGAAAUUUAAGAAUCGUUUAUUGAAUUCUGACAAUUAUAAAGCCCUAAACUGCAAAAAAAGAUGAAGCUAGUGAAACCAAAUUGGGUUACUCACGAUGGGUACCCAAUAUUCUCCAUUGACAUACAUCCUGAUGGGAAAAGAUUUGCCACCGGUGGCCAAGGUGGUGAUUCCGGGAGAGUUGUUAUAUGGAACAUGGAACCCGUGGUCGAUGAAACUGCCGAAUUAGAUAGCAAUGUGCCAAAGAUGCUUUGCCAGUUAGACAAUCAUCUCGCAUGUGUGAACUGCGUGAGAUGGAGCAAUAGUGGACUAUUGGCAUCGGGCGGGGUGGAUAAGCUAAUUAUGAUUUGGAGAUUGUCCGGUGGAUCCGGCGGGAGUUCGAUUUUCGGCGGGAAAGCCAGCGUGGAGACAUGGAGGUGCAUCGCAACGUUGCGUUCGCACGAAGCUGACGUAUUGGAUCUGGCAUGGGCGCCGCACAGCCCGUGGUUGGCUUCGGCUUCCGUGGACAACAGUGUGAUUGUGUGGGACGCGUCCAAGUUCCCUGCUGUGGUCGUUGUGCUGAAGGGCCACACGGGUUUCGUGAAGGGGAUCACCUGGGACCCGGUGGGGAAGUACUUGGCGUCUCAAUCCGACGACAAGACGCUGAGAGUAUGGCGCACUACGGAUUGGACGGAGGCGGCGUUGAUAUCCGAGCCGUUCGACGAGUGCGGCGGGACGACUCAUGUCCUCAGACUCUCCUGGAGCCCGGACGGGCAGUAUCUGGUGUCUGCCCACGCUAUGAACGGGGGAGGCCCUACGGCGCAAAUAAUAGAGAGGGACGGUUGGACGCAGGAUAAGGAUUUCGUUGGUCACAGGAAGGCGGUAACUUGUGUCAGAUUCAACGGCAAUAUCCUGCAGAAGAAGCCGGGUGCCUCGAAGCCGAAGCAGCAGUACUGCUGCGUCGCGAUAGGAUCGCGUGAUCGCUCCUUGUCCGUGUGGCUGACGUCGUUGAAGAGACCCCUGGUCGUGAUACACGAAUUGUUCACUCAUUCCGUGUUGGACGCCAGUUGGUCACCCUGCGGCUUGCGGCUCGCGGCGUGCUCGUGGGACGGCACCGCCGUGUUCAUCGAGUUCACUCAACAGGAAUUGGGGCAACCACUGGACCCCGCUGAGCAAAGCAGCGUCCAUGAACGAUUGUACGGCAAGCCGUUGGUUCAAGGAGGUUGCAUGGUGAUGGAGGCGCCGGAGCUCCUCAACUUGAAACCACCAGCACCGUCGAACCAGUCUCCCCAGAUGCCGGCCACUCCGAGCGUUCCUCCGCCCGCCAGCACCGCUACAGUCACGCCGGUUAAGGGCCCUAUCAAUAAGCAGAUCGAGACGAGAACUUCGGACGGUAAGAGAAGAAUUACCCCAAUGUUCAUCCCGCCGCCGGCGGACACGGCGGACACGACGAUUGGCGGCAGCUUAGGUACGCCGACGUUCACGAACAAGGUGCAGACGAAGAGCUCGAUCGUGAUAGAGAAGCGCAACGACGUCGUCGCACCGAACGUCACCUCGUCGUCCGCGAAGCCGGCCACCGUCGACGCCUCGGGCUCGUCCCUCACGCUGAAACGCAGGGAGCAAACGACACCGAGGACGCAUCACUCUUCGCUGGCUAAGAAACCCAGGUUCAUGUUCGACAAGAGCGCCGGUCAAAUGUUACUGCCACCGCUCAAACCGUCCAGCUCGUUGUCCCAGCAGGCGGGCCAUUACGCCGUGACAGUCACCAAUAGCCAAGGCUUAGCUCAUUUGCAAGUGUUCCGAGGCACGGACUCGGAGCCGACGUGGGAUCUCUACUUGGGAUACAGCGCCGUGGCAUUGGCCGCGUCACCGGCUGUGAUAGCCCUGGGCUUGGAGGACGGCAGCCUCCACACGUUUCAUCCCGCCAAGGGAUGUCGCCCGGCACCGCCCUUGGCACCCCCGGCUCCCUUGGCGAAGGUUCACGCUGUCGGAAACGCGGUGAUGGUGAUAUCAAGCUGCGGGGCGGUCCGUGUGUGGGAGAUCGGGAAUACCUGUAGAAUGAUCGUCUCGACUUCCGCCGCUCAUUUAGCGGCGCCCGGGACGUCCCUGCUGUCGUGCACGCUCUAUAACGGGAUGCCCCAUCUGGCAUUUACUAACGCGCGAGCAUAUAUGUACCACAAAGACAUGGGGACAUGGUUAUUAAUCGGAGACAGCCAAGACCCCGUGUGGCGCUGGUCGUCGUUCAACGUGUUGAGUACAUCGGGAAAUAGAGCGCCCAGAGGACCCUUGUCGUCCUUGCAGGAAGGUCUGCUCAAAACUGCCGGCAACACUUUGCCAAAUCCACGCUUGCCGCACAGCGCACCGAGCGUGGUGUCCUACCUGGAGCAACAGUUGUUAGCUUCCAAAGCUCUCGGCAGCGCUCAGGAAUACGUUCAUUGGCUGAUGGCCUUAGUGUCGUUCCUGUUAACCCAAGAUGGUUUGGAGAGGCGACUGAGGUUAAUUCUGGACGAGCUUUUGGGCCCGAGUCACACGUCAGCCUCGAAGAGUGUGUGGGAUCCUAUUGUUUUGGGUAUAAAGAAGCACAAACUCUUGAGCGACGUAUUGGCCGUGGUCGGCGGCCAUCUUCGUUGGCAACGAUUAUAUCUCGAAUACUCGGAACAACUAACGACCCUGAAGAACCAGAUCAACUGAUUCGUCUCGCGACGCGAAUGACAUCGUUCCGAACAAAAAAAAAAACUUAAUCUUUUUUCCAUACGGCAUCGUGUAUAUUUUUUGAAUGUAUGAUGAAGGCAAGACUGUAUAGUUUUUAUAAUGUUCGCGGUGUGAUAAUUGACCUAAGUGUAUUAUAACGAAAUAAACAAUUCUUUGCACAAUACCCGUUUGCCACAAUCGGCGGAGUCAGCCGAUUCUCGUGAUAUUAUCGUCUACGGGGAAACGAGUCACGUGGACGUGACUAAUAACCACAUGAGAGAGACUGACAAAGAGAGAGAGAGAGAGAGAGACUGGGUGAGUGAGUGAGUGAGUGAGUGAGUGAGUGAGUGAGUGAGCGAGUGAAUGAGUGAGAUAGUAACAGAGAUACGUUCAUAAUAAUAUAUUAUACUGAUAGAUAUACACCACCUUCCUUAAGCUCUCUCUUUAUAAAAAUACAUAACGAAGCACAAUGUGCGGUAAGCAGGGAACUCAACCUCGAAAGCGUAACUAGUGAGCGUUACAAGAUCGAUUAAUCUCCACAGGAUGAAUUAUAUAAUAAUACGCGCGCUCAUUCCUCUGUGCGUUGUCUCGUUAGUUAUUAUCAUUAUUAUCCCCGUGAUUAUUUUUUCCUCUUUUUUUUUCUUUUUUCUUUUAUCUUUUAUACUUACACGAACAGAUCGCACACAGUCGUCGUGCACAACUUCUCCUUAACUUUAUUCAUGGAAUAUUAAUUAAUGCAACUGGCAAAACGUUUCUGCAAAAGAUCGAUGUUUCCACCACACAAGGUCGUUCCUUUCCCUCCCCCGUAGAAGACGUUGCGCUCCGGAUUAGCACCAUUAAUCGCCCGCCGGUCACAUCAAGUCGAGAGAGGGAACGUGAGGCGCAACGCCGGACGUUUCGCUCGCGAGAACUGAUUCUCAACGCCACGCUUUGAUAUACAUACAUGUACACAUAUACAUAUACAUAUACAUAUAUAUAUAUAUAUAUAAACAUAAUGUAUAAAAAAUAAAGUUAGGCAAGUAUAUAUAUUUCUUAUGUUCAAUCUUCUAUCACGAAUGUGUUGCGUACGGUGUGGGGCACGCGUUAAAUACGAGGUUCAACGCAUACACACGUGUGUUCCAUCAUACAUUGCGGCCGUUUUUGAGGGUUUCUCGCAUCAUUUCCUUCCUGUCUUUACCUCCUUGCAAUUUUUUUCUCAUAUUUCAUGCAUAUCGCUCGCUCGCUCGCUCGCUCGCGCACGCAACAUCGGGCUUUGCACCCCGAAAAGCGAAAAGUAAACUGUACAACAGAAAGCGAUGAAUCGCGAGGCUGCGAGAUCGCGCGUCCGAAAGUCGUCGCUUUGCUUUUUAACAUCGUGGAACGUCGUUUGCUAUAUAUGUAUAAGGUAUGUGUAUGAAAAAUCGUCUCUGUCGGUCGUUCGCGUUCGUGCGACGCGUCUUGAUCGUCAAUCCGGUGUCCCGGUCGCUCCGACGACGCGAACACUUCGUCGAAAAUACAAUUCUCACCGCGAUAGCUGAGACCGCUCGAAACGUGCAUCCAUCGCACACGGAGGGAACACAAUAUUGCACACGCCGUAAUGGCGAAUAUGGGGGGGGGGGCGAUACAUG